AUGCAGGAACCCUCGUGUGUCUGGGGGGACUGCUCUGGUCCCAUCUUGCGAAACCCCACGCCAACCCACAAAAAGAGCCUCACUCCGGCACUGAUUCGCACAUCGUUCGAAGAACCCGAUGAUCCCACAGAUGACAUCGAUUACACCCCAAGUCGCCGGUUGCGACGCCGCUCAACCCCACUUCCGCGGUCUCGUCGUUCGCUGGAUCCUGUGUUGCCCAUUGACGGAUCCAAGUCAAAGACAGUGGUGCAGUUUACGCCUUUACGGCAAAUCUUGGACUCCCGGACUCAGCGGAGAAUCCGGCGACUGGGCCUGAGUACUGAGAUUAACCAACUUGAACGAGAGAAGCGGGAGUCCGCGCAUUACCAGAAGUCUCUGCGAGCUCUGCUGCAAGAAAGAGAUACAUUGAAGCAAGAGCUGGAGUUAGCAAAAGGCAACAGCGGCACUCCAGAACACCAUUCACCCAGUAAGGAAAUUCUCCGGUUAUCGCCUCGGUCUACGCUGGAGCACCUAGAGUCCCAGAACAGUCAGCUGAGGCAAGAUACCUCGUUCUCCGCUGUUGAAAACGCGGAUGAUCAAUCGGAUGGCGCUGAUACUGAAGGCGACACAAUCAUCAUUGACAGUGUGUUUGAGGGAGACACAGUUCUCAUGUCCGAUUCUCCAAUUAUGCGUGGCUUACAGCCUCCUCGACAAUCUCCAGAUGAUUUCUCUCAUCUGAGCCUCCCGGACCCCAGCACAGAUGCAUCGGUUCAAACGUCUCUGCCUGGUCAUGACCAAAGCGCUGAGCUCCUUGCUUUGUCGCUUGACUUGGAGGCUGCUAGAAAAGAGAAAAGGGAUCUGUUCAACGCAUGGCGUACGAGGCUUGCUUCCUUCCCAGAAACUGUGACUGAACCUUGCCUCCAGCGGUCGUCUCCCCCGCCAGACUUCUUCGAUCAAAUUUUGCCUACACUAACAGGAGCUCUCACCAGUGCCUCAGACGCUGUCGGCGCAUUGGACGCCGUCAAACAGGAGCUUUCUGGUCUAGGGUUCCCCGGCAACAGCAUGGACGAGAUUAUUUCGGAAAUGCGUAGUCGGUUCCGAUCAGCACGCUUACAGCUGGAGCGCGCAGUCCCUGGGGAGACGCCCAGCUCCAGCUUAGAUGAUGGAAAUACAACCCUCAGCGCUCUCGUGAGGCGUGUCGAGCUGCUCGUUAAAAGUUUGAGUGAAGAGCGCACCCGGCAUAAAGGAUCUCUUGGGCGGGAGCGGGCAUUGCGCGGUCAAUUCGAUAACCUGUUGAUCCGCUAUGAGACCGCGUCAAAUAAAAUAAGAGACCUUGAAGAAUCUAUUGCAUCUUCCGCAGGAGAUAUGCUCCACACGAGAAUGCGGAUGCAGGAGAUUGAGCGUGAAGGGAAAGAGCAAGCCCUAGGGAUUGAGAGAUUGAACGAAGCUCUUAGCAAAUACCGUGUAGAGGUCAAGAGUCUUGAGAAACUCGUGACGGAACUCGAACAGGACAAGGCCGUCUCUACCACAAGACACGAGGAACAGAAGUUGCGACAGGAAAAGAGAGUAGCAGAAGAAGAAACCGCCCGUCGCGUAGCCGAGUCGGCUAUUGUAGAGCGGGAGGCACGUAUUCAGGAGUUGCAAGGGGACGUUGAGUCGAAUAAGAUCCACGUGUGUGAUUUGGCUGCUAAGAUUGAAGCACUAGAAAAGGAGCUCAAGCAGUCGGCUGACAACUCCGAACAGCAAGCAGUCGAACAACUCCAGCAUCACCAGCAGGAGGUCGGGCAGAUGAACGUCCACGUCGCGGAGCUGACCACAUACCUGGACGCUACCAAAUCUGAAGCGGACAAGCUUCGCCGAAGCAACGCUGGCUUGGAGGAACAGCUGCGCCUUGAAGUGGAGGCCAGGGACGAUUUGCUAGAGAAAUGGGCUGCAGACCAGACACGGUCAUUUGCUUACAUGAAGGAAACUGUCAAAGCAGAGCGACGCAAGGCAAAAGUACGCACUGUCAAUUGGGAACUCAAGUCGGACGAGCUACAAUCGGAUGGCACAAACAUCGGGAGCGAGCCCAUUACUCCUGUGAGUGUAGCGCGAUUCGUCGACGUCGAGGUCGGUCGAGGCAAGGAGCGACGACGGCUUGACAGUGGUAUCGGGAUACUGACAGAAGACGAGCUAUUUGAGAGCGUAGGUAUCGACAAUGAUACCCUACCUUCUGAUCCGGCCGAUCUCUAG